UGCGUCGUCUCAUUUCUGCUGGCUUCACAGUGGCACCCCAAAUCGCCUUAUGGUUGUCCGGGACUCGAACGAUUCGCUCUCGGCCAAAAACACGGAAACACGAGCACACGCGAACGUCCGCGGGUUGUUUUCAUCGUGGACAUUUCGUCUCGUCUGAGGACAGCGGGCUUCCACAUCCAUUUUAAGACACACUCGUCUCCCCCCGGCCCUGAGAUACAAGUGCUGUUGUCGUCCAGUGACGGAUUCUUCCUCUCAGUCGACUGGUGUAAGGAGGCGAGGAAACAAAGAUGCCGAAACCGAUCAACGUCCGUGUUACCACCAUGGAUGCAGAGCUGGAGUUUGCCAUCCAACCCAAUACCACAGGAAAACAGCUCUUUGACCAGGUGGUGAAGACAGUUGGUCUGCGGGAGGUCUGGUUCUUUGGCCUACAGUAUGUGGACAGUAAAGGCUACAGCACCUGGCUCAAACUCAAUAAGAAGGUUACCCAGCAGGAUGUGAAGAAGGAGAACCCCCUGCAGUUUAAGUUCAGAGCCAAAUUCUUCCCUGAGGAUGUGUCGGAGGAGCUCAUCCAGGAGAUCACCCAGAGGCUCUUCUUUCUUCAGGUGAAGGAGGCCAUCCUGAAUGAUGAGAACUAUUGUCCCCCUGAGACGGCGGUGUUACUGGCAUCAUACUCUGUCCAGGCCAAGUAUGGAGACUACAACAAAGAUGUCCACAAGCCUGGCUACCUUACCCAUGACAGACUGCUGCCUCAGAGAGUCCUGGAGCAACACAAGCUGACCAAGGAGCAGUGGGAGGACAGGAUACAGACUUGGCAUGAAGAACACAGAGGAAUGCUCAGAGAGGACUCGAUGAUGGAGUAUCUUAAAAUCGCCCAGGACCUGGAGAUGUACGGUGUCAACUACUUUGAGAUUAAAAACAAGAAGGGCACACAGCUGUGGUUGGGUGUGGAUGCUCUAGGCCUCAACAUCUAUGAACAUGAAGACAAGUUGACACCAAAGAUCGGCUUCCCCUGGAGCGAGAUUCGAAACAUCUCUUUCAAUGACAAGAAGUUCGUCAUCAAACCUAUUGACAAGAAAGCGCCUGACUUUGUGUUUUAUGCCCCACGACUGCGCAUCAACAAACGAAUCUUGGCGUUGUGUAUGGGAAACCACGAGUUGUACAUGAGGAGGAGAAAGCCCGACACCAUCGAGGUGCAACAGAUGAAGGCUCAGGCCCGGGAGGAGAAGCACCACAAACAAAUGGAGAGGGCCCAGCUGGAGAAUGAGAAAAAGAAGCGAGAGCAUGCGGAGAAAGAAAAGGAAAGGAUAGAGCGUGAGAAAGAUGAGCUCAUGGAGCGUCUAAGACAGAUUGAACAGCAGACGAUGAGAGCUCAGAAAGAGCUCGAGGAGCAGACUCGCAGGGCCUUAGAGCUGGAGCAGGAGAGAAAGAGAGCGAGGGAGGAGGCGGAGAGGCUGGAGAGAGAGAGGACAAUGGCCGAGGAGGCGAAGGGGGAGCUGGCGAAACAGGCCGCAGACCAGCUGAAGAACCAGGAGCAACUGGCUGCUGAACUGGCAGAAUUCACAGCCAAGAUCGCUCUCCUGGAAGAUGCCAAGAGGAAGAAAGAAGAUGAGGCCACAGAAUGGCAGCACAAGGCUCUCUCAGCCCAGGAUGACUUGGAGAAGACCAAGGAGGAGCUAAAGACGGCAAUGACAAUUGUGCCGGCACCUCCAGGUGGCAAUGCCGAGAGCGAGCACGACGAGCAGGACGAGAACCACGCAGAGGCCAGCGCUGAGCUGUCCAACGAGGGCGUCAGCCAGUUCGACCUCCGCAGCGAAGAGGCGCGCGUCACCGAAGCCCAGAAGAACGAGAGGGUGAAGCAGCAGCUGCAGACAUUAAGUUCAGAGUUGGCCGAGGCCAGAGACGAAACCAAGAAGACACAGAACGACGUGCUGCACGCCGAGAAUGUGAAAGCCGGCCGAGACAAAUACAAAACGCUGCGCCAGAUCCGACAGGGCAACACGAAGCAGCGCAUUGACGAGUUUGAGUCCAUGUGAGGACGGCACCUCUCCCCCCCCCCCGCCCGCUUUCCCCUCAGGGGUACGUGUUCCCGAACUUUCCCCUCGGCGGCUGCUCGAUUUUUACAUGGACAACAGAUGCUGCCGUCCCCUCAACGCCCUCAAGCAAUAUUGAGAAAUUAUCUUUA